CGAUGACGUCUGUAGCCUCGUUGCCAGAACAGUCCCCAGGCUGCCGCUGCCGUUCAUUGACAGGAGCGGGCGCUCGGACGUCAGCAGCCGGACCUUUGGCAAGGCUGCUCCCGCGGAGACGGCUCCCACCCCCGCACCUGCCAGCCCGCCCCCCCGGGGGGUGGUCACGAAAUCAAAGCCACCAGAGGAGGGGCCCGGGGAGGUGCUGGGGCUGGGGGAGGGGGAUGACUCGGAUCUGCCCUCUUUGUCCUGGAGCACCGGAGUAUAUAAAUAGUGCAGUCUCCAGCCAGACUCUCUCCCAGUCUUGCACGCCCCCGCAGUCCCCCCAACCCGACCCCCGCCCCUUGUCACUACGUGUCGGGCUCGCUCUGCCUGGAGGGAGGCUGGGGUGCGGGGAAGCAGGGAGUGCAAACAGACAUUGGUUCUCUUUCCUCUUCCCAUUCAUACAUUUCUGUUGGAGUCCUAGGGCCGCCGCGCCGGGAGUCGCAAUGAAUGGAUGGAUGCCCGCGCGCUGGGACCACCAGGUCCGCAGAGAUGUCGCCGGCGCUAGGGGCGCUCCUCCCGCUUGGGGACAGGCGCCCUCGCCUAGGCGCAGUGUGGGGGGACCCCAAAAGACCCUUAAGAGGCCAAAGGCCUGCUCUCCCCCUUCUCCCCAACACACACCAGGGGUCUUUUCUGCCCCGGAGAAGUUGGGACGCAAAACGUAGGGAACUGCGCUCAGUCUCCGCACCAUGAAGAGUCCAGAUGGGGACCGAGACCAGCACGGACGGUAGCAACAGAGAGGGGAGCGCCCAAGUGGCGCAACGCUGUGGCUGAAGCCAAGCCUGUCGCCUCCCCCUGAAUACCGCUGGCGGCCCAGGACCGUGCGCUCUCCCUUCCUGAGCACCCAGGGAUGCACUGCGCAGGGAAGGAGGGCACGGCGGGAGGGUGCUUGCAGGCGACUGCUGCGCGGAUUCCCCAUCCGCACCCGGCUCCCCCAUCCGCACCCGGCUCGCGGGGAAUCCGUGGGCUUGCACUCGCCAGAAAGAGUUGCUGCAGGAGCAGCCGGAUGGUGAGGCCCGUUCCCGACCCUGGGUGGGAGGCACUGAAAGGACUGCGUUCUGAGGCGCCAGGCACAGGGCGCAGCUUCAUAAAUGCCCCCAAAAGCUCCAUGGACAGACGGCACAGAUGUCGCUGAAGUGAACCUAAGGAAGUUUGCUACCCCAAGACCCGGGCUUCGCGCCAGGUGACAACAGACGUCUGGGAGUGUGGUGACACCUGCGCAGAGUCCCUGGUGGUUCAACGUGUCCGAGAAGGUUGCAAGAAGAUGCCACUGUCUUACCUUUCUCCCCUAGUGCUCAUGCCCCAGAAAAGGCCACUGGGUCACUAGAUCCCAACCCCUUGUACCAUGAGAGGGAAGCCUGCACAACUGCGUUGGCACUCCCCCCUAAAUCGUCUCCUGGGUCCUUCCCAUUAUGCACACACAUAAUGUCAUUUCUCCAGGGAAAAAUAAAUAAGAACUUUCUUGACU